GGAGCACUAGACGCGUCAGCCUUUUCCGGCGAUUCGGAUCCACAUCCCCAUUGCCGACGGUAUCGUCGCUCUCGUUCCGAUCGCUUAUUGCGCUGCCGGCGAUGUUGUCGUAUGCGACGCUGGGGGAGGCGGAGGCGGCGUUGGGGCGGAGUCUGACCUUCGCCGAGGACAUUUGGUUCCGUUACACCGCACGGAUGCCCAACUACCUCCUAUUUUACCACAACAUCAUCUUCCUCUUCGUCAUUUUCUCCCUCGCGCCGCUCCAGCUCGCCCUCAUCGAACUUGGCUUCCCUGCCUCCGUCUCCUCUUUCAAGAUCCAGCCCAAGAUCUGCCUCCCGCCGACCUCCUUCUUCCAGUGCUAUAAGGACGUCAUGCGGGUGUUCCUCCUCAUCGUCGACCCGCUUCAACUCUCCUCCUACCCCACCAUCAAGUUUGUGGGGAUAAGGACUGGGCUUCCCCUUCCCUCACUAUGGGAAGUGGCUUUGCAACUCUUGGUUUACUUCGUGGUGGAGGACUAUGGCAACUACUGGAUUCACCGACUACUGCACUGCAAAUGGGGGUACGAGAAGAUACACUGUGUCCACCAUGAAUUCACGACGCCUAUUGGCUUUGCAACACCCUAUGCUCAUUGGGCGGAGGUGCUGCUCCUUGGGAUCCCCUCCUUUGCAGGGCCCGCUAUGGUUCCUUGCCACAUGAUCACCUUCUGGCUUUGGAUUGCCCUCCGCCAGCUUGAAGCGAUUGAGACCCACAGCGGGUAUGGUUCUCAUCACACAUCUUUCAUGUAAUGAAU